GAAUUAGCCGGAUGACAUCAGCUUUGCAGCCCCUCGGGCCGGCCCAGCUCAUUGGAGCCGCUGCCCCUCCAGGAAAAGCACAUUGUUCCCGCCCCCGCCCGGACCACCGCCGCCGCCGUCGCCACUGCCUCCACCCGGCUAUAAAAACCCGCGGAACCCCGAAAGGUGUGGGUGCUUCCUGCAGACCGAGCCGACACCAGCGCCGGCAGCCAGGUUCUCCUCUGCAGCGGGUACCUCGAAUCCAGUUCACAUUCCGACAGUUGAAAAAAGAAGGACCCUUCGAAAGCUAAGAUUAUCCCCGGGGCCAUGGACUCGGACGCCAGCCUGGUGUCGAGUCGCCCGUCGUCGCCAGAACCCGAUGAUCUUUUUCUGCCGGCCCGGAGCAAAGGCGGCAGCAGCAGCGGCUUCACAGGGGGGACCGUGUCCUCGUCCACGCCGAGCGACUGCCCGCCGGAGCUGAGCGCAGAACUGCGAGGGGCCAUGGGCGCAGCGGGCGCGCAUCCCGGGGACAAACUGGGCGGCGGCGGCGGCUUCAAGUCUUCUUCCUCCAGCACGUCCUCGUCCACGUCGUCGGCGGCCACGUCGUCCACCAAGAAAGACAAGAAGCAGAUGACCGAGCCCGAGCUGCAGCAGCUGCGUCUGAAGAUCAACAGCCGCGAACGCAAGCGCAUGCACGACCUCAACAUCGCCAUGGACGGCCUGCGGGAGGUCAUGCCAUACGCGCACGGCCCGUCGGUGCGCAAGCUCUCCAAGAUCGCCACGCUGCUGCUGGCGCGAAACUACAUCCUGAUGCUCACCAACUCCCUGGAGGAGAUGAAGCGGCUGGUGAGCGAGAUCUACGGCGGUCACCACGCCGGCUUCCACCCGUCGGCCUGCGGCGGCCUGGCACACACGGCGCCGCUACCCACAGCCACAGCGCACCCCGCCGCCGCCGCGCACGCCGCGCAUCACCCCGCCGUGCACCACCCCAUCCUUCCUCCCGCCGCCGCCGCCGCAGCCGCCGCCGCCGCCGCUGCAGCCGUGUCCAGCGCCUCCCUGCCGGGCUCCGGGCUGUCCUCGGUCGGAUCCAUCCGGCCUCCCCACGGCCUGCUCAAGUCUCCGUCGGCGGCCGCAGCCGCCCCUCUCGGAGGCGGGGGUGGCGGCAGCGGUGGCAGCGGUGGCUUCCAGCACUGGGGCGGCAUGCCUUGCCCCUGCAGCAUGUGCCAGGUGCCACCGCCGCACCACCACGUGUCGGCCAUGGGCGCCGGCAGCCUGCCGCGCCUCACCUCCGACGCCAAGUGAGCCGGCCAGCGGCGUGCGUUCUGGAGAGCCAAGGGCUGUGGAGCAGCCAGGACUGGCCAGCGCUGGGGCUCCGGAGCUCUGCUGCAAGAAGGGGAGCUGGACCAUGGGCUGGGCCUAGGGAAUUACGGGGAGUCCGAUAUCUGAGAACCGAAGUAGUGGGAGCAUUUGGAGCAGCCGGGAGUGAGACGCCUUCGCUCCAGAACCUGAUUAACUCUUCGGCUGAACUCUCGGUGGGUCUGGGAGACGCCAUGGUACAACGCGCGCGCGGAUACAUCCAUCACUGGAACUCCCCCCGCCCUGCACCCCCAGGAAGAGUCUAAAAACUGACUUUCCCGUGUGCACAGAUUGACUCCCUGUCUCGGCUUAGGCAGCUCGUUGCCAAGAGGCAGGUCACAGGGGCACUUGACUACCUUUCCCCAUUUCGGGCCAGGUAGGAGACUCCCAGGAGCCGCACCACAGAAGCCACCGCUGGGCCUCACUCCCAAGGUUCAUCCCUGGCCCAGGGCCAGGGGCGCUAGGCUAGUUGACUCUGGGUACUGACUCUGGGUAUCAGGGGCGCUGAAGACCGUGUCCCAUUUCCAUAACUGGGGGAACCUGUGUGGUCUCAGAAGUGUGGCCUUCUGUCCUGUCUCUCCUGUUGACUUGUGGUUUCCUAACAAAUCUGUGAAUGUUCCUUUUUCCGAUCACGCGAGCAAGCUUUACAGACGCUCAAAAUAGAAGCACUUGUGGAAUGGAAUAAUCCAAACUACCGACACGGGGACGGGAUGCUCUUUAGACCUUAUUUUUAAAUAGAAACCACACCACCAUCCCCUACGCUAAGCACAAGGCAGUUUGGUUUCUUAUCCGGCUGGGGACAGCUGUUUUAGGUACCGGAGGGCUUGACAGAACAACAUCAGAAAGUUGCUGUGAAUAUAGUUUGAGUUAUUUGGGAGGGGGGUUCCGUUGGGAUUUUAAUAAUUUCUUGUGUAUGUAAAUAUAUCGAUGAAGUGCACGAUGCUAGGCUCUUUGUUCGUGUGACUGCCAGCCCCUCCGGAGUCUAAGCCGGCUGUUUUCUUUCUCUGUUGUCCCACCCCCCACCACCGCCACCCCCCCACACACACACACUUUUGCCACAGUUAACACAAGCGGCAAAUCCUUUCACUCGCUCCCCGGCCUGCGCUGCAACAUGGGCUUUAGGACGCCUGCCUCCUAACAUCCCACCUCUCCCGCGCGGGCCCUGCAGAGUGCACCUAUCAUCUGUUUUAUUUUUGUAAAGAAAAAAAAUGCUAAAUAAUAUUUAUUACUUGUUUGGUUGCAUAAAACGAAACAAAGGAUGGAGUGUUGAGAUUUUAAAUAAAAUUUAAAGUGA